UCUGAAGCCGUUGGCUGCUCCUGAACCGUUUGGCUCUUUCUCCACUAGCAAACAGCCCCACAAUGUACCUCAAUCGCUCUUAAAUCUAUUUUUAAACGGUUUUAUUCCGCUCCACGCCGAUGCGAACGGGACCGGACGCUUGUUUGGGAAUUUAUCUGACGAUCUGCCGCCUCAAAGCAGCUUUAUAACGCUUUGUUUGAGCGCUAUUUGACAAAAUAACCGAGGAGGAGGAAAUUCCACACAAGCAGUGAAAGGCAGCCCUCGCGCUCAUCCGGGUAUAAAAAUUCUCCUCCACUGCUAAGGGUUCAUAUUGGCGCAAGACCUGAUCACAUGGUGCUGAGACACUUGGGUUGGAUCCUUAAAAAGCGUUUGCCUUGCGAAAAUAGAGCUGAUAGUGUGGCUAGUGUCCUGUGUGCUGACCUCAUGGUGUAAGCAGGUGUGAAGAUGAGUAUUAGCAGCGAUGAGGUCAACUUCCUGGUGUAUAGAUACCUGCAGGAGUCAGGGUUUUCCCACUCGGCCUUCACAUUCGGCAUUGAGAGUCACAUCAGUCAGUCUAACAUCAACGGCGCCCUAGUGCCCCCUGCUGCCCUGAUCUCCAUCAUUCAGAAGGGCCUGCAGUACGUGGAAGCUGAAGUCAGCAUCAAUGAGGAUGGCACGCUGUUCGAUGGGCGGCCCAUUGAAUCUCUGUCAUUGAUCGACGCGGUGAUGCCCGAUGUGGUACAGACCCGGCAGCAGGCGUACCGAGACAAACUGGCCCAGCAACAGGCCGGCGCAGCUCCCUCUGCAACCAGCACCAACAUGCAGGGUAACGCCAAAAACGGAGAAAACACCGCAAAUGGAGAGGAGAACGGUGCUCACGCCUUACCUAAUAACCACGCAGACAUGAUGGACGUGGAUGUAGAUGUGGAGAUCCCUCAGAAUAAAGCCAUGGUGCUGAGAGGUCACGAGUCAGAGGUCUUCAUCUGCGCCUGGAACCCUGUCAGUGACCUGCUCGCCUCCGGGUCUGGAGACUCAACGGCGCGCAUCUGGAAUCUGAGUGAGAACAGCAGCAGUAGCUCUACACAGCUCGUCCUGAGGCACUGCAUACGGGAAGGAGGCCAAGACGUGCCCAGCAACAAAGACGUCACAUCGUUAGACUGGAACAGUGAAGGUACACUAUUAGCCACGGGCUCCUAUGAUGGCUUUGCAAGAAUAUGGACUAAAGAUGGUAAUCUGGCCAGUACCCUUGGUCAACAUAAAGGUCCAAUAUUCGCAUUAAAAUGGAACAAAAAAGGAAACUUUAUCCUCAGUGCUGGUGUUGAUAAGACAACAAUCAUUUGGGAUGCUCACACAGGGGAAGCCAAACAGCAGUUCCCGUUUCAUUCAGCACCCGCUCUGGACGUGGACUGGCAGAGUAACAACACGUUUGCCUCCUGUAGCACAGACAUGUGCAUCCAUGUGUGCAAACUGGGCCAGGACCGACCCAUUAAGACAUUCCAAGGACACACAAAUGAAGUUAAUGCAAUCAAAUGGGAUCCGACCGGUAACCUGCUGGCGUCGUGUUCUGAUGACAUGACUCUUAAGAUCUGGAGUAUGAAACAGGACACUUGUGUUCAUGAUUUGCAAGCUCACAGCAAAGAAAUCUACACUAUCAAAUGGAGCCCCACAGGUCCAGGAACCAACAACCCCAAUGCCAAUUUAAUGCUGGCCAGUGCUUCCUUCGACUCCACUGUUCGGCUUUGGGACGUAGAUCGAGGCAUCUGCAUCCACACACUAACCAAACACCAGGAGCCCGUGUACAGCGUGGCCUUCAGCCCCGACGGACGCCAUCUAGCCAGCGGCUCUUUUGACAAAUGUGUCCACAUCUGGAACACGCAGACUGGUGCUUUAGUCCAUAGCUACAGGGGGACAGGGGGCAUUUUUGAAGUUUGCUGGAAUGCAGCAGGAGACAAAGUAGGAGCAAGUGCGUCAGACGGCUCUGUUUGUGUAUUAGAUCUGCGGAAAUAGCGCUGCUUGCUGGAAGCCAUGGACCGACUAUGAAUGUGUACAUAGCCAAAAUGACUGUCCCUGACCCUCAAACUGCUACAGUCCCUAGUGAACCAUGGCCAGCCACUACAGACAAACAAACACAAGCACCCUGACGCCACAGGCCGAGCGGAGAGGAUGUGAUUCCAACCAGAGACAUUCAAAUGACUUUUGUAAGGUGGAAAAAAAAAAAACAAACAAACAUUAUAACAGAGGAAGAAGGAAAGACAAGACUGGUAUAUGUACCAAAUUUGGAAGAUAUUUUACUAUUUGUUCUCCAAAACCAAUCUCAUCGAAAUAAACAAACGAAAGGAUUUUAA